CCCCCCCCACCCCCCCCCCCCCCCACCCCCCCCCCCCCCCACCCCCCCCCCCCCCCACCCCCCCCCCCCCCCACCCCCCCCCCCCCCCACCCCCCCCCCCCCCCACCCCCCCCCCCCCCCACCCCCCCCCCCCCCCACCCCCCCCCCCCCCCACCCCCCCCCCCCCCCACCCCCCCCCCCCCCCACCCCCCCCCCCCCCCACCCCCCCCCCCCCCCACCCCCCCCCCCCCCCACCCCCCCCCCCCCCCACCCCCCCCCCCCCCCACCCCCCCCCCCCCCCACCCCCCCCCCCCCCCACCCCCCCCCCCCCCCACCCCCCCCCCCCCCCACCCCCCCCCCCCCCCACCCCCCCCCCCCCCCACCCCCCCCCCCCCCCACCCCCCCCCCCCCCCACCCCCCCCCCCCCCCACCCCCCCCCCCCCCCACCCCCCCCCCCCCCCACCCCCCCCCCCCCCCACCCCCCCCCCCCCCCACCCCCCCCCCCCCCCACCCCCCCCCCCCCCCACCCCCCCCCCCCCCCACCCCCCCCCCCCCCCACCCCCCCCCCCCCCCACCCCCCCCCCCCCCCACCCCCCCCCCCCCCCACCCCCCCCCCCCCCCACCCCCCCCCCCCCCCACCCCCCCCCCCCCCCACCCCCCCCCCCCCCCACCCCCCCCCCCCCCCACCCCCCCCCCCCCCCACCCCCCCCCCCCCCCACCCCCCCCCCCCCCCACCCCCCCCCCCCCCCACCCCCCCCCCCCCCCACCCCCCCCCCCCCCCACCCCCCCCCCCCCCCACCCCCCCCCCCCCCCACCCCCCCCCCCCCCCACCCCCCCCCCCCCCCACCCCCCCCCCCCCCCACCCCCCCCCCCCCCCACCCCCCCCCCCCCCCACCCCCCCCCCCCCCCACCCCCCCCCCCCCCCACCCCCCCCCCCCCCCACCCCCCCCCCCCCCCACCCCCCCCCCCCCCCACCCCCCCCCCCCCCCACCCCCCCCCCCCCCCACCCCCCCCCCCCCCCACCCCCCCCCCCCCCCACCCCCCCCCCCCCCCACCCCCCCCCCCCCCCACCCCCCCCCCCCCCCACCCCCCCCCCCCCCCACCCCCCCCCCCCCCCACCCCCCCCCCCCCCCACCCCCCCCCCCCCCCACCCCCCCCCCCCCCCACCCCCCCCCCCCCCCACCCCCCCCCCCCCCCACCCCCCCCCCCCCCCACCCCCCCCCCCCCCCACCCCCCCCCCCCCCCACCCCCCCCCCCCCCCACCCCCCCCCCCCCCCACCCCCCCCCCCCCCCACCCCCCCCCCCCCCCACCCCCCCCCCCCCCCACCCCCCCCCCCCCCCACCCCCCCCCCCCCCCACCCCCCCCCCCCCCCACCCCCCCCCCCCCCCCCCCCCCCCCCCCCCCCGCCACCCCCCCCCCCCCCCCCCCCCCCCCCCCCCCCCCCCCCCCCCCCCCCCCCCCCCCCCCCCCCACCACCCCCACCCCCUAGCCGCGCCCCCCCGCCCCCCCCCCCCCCCCCCCCCCCGCCCCCCCCCCCCCCCCCCCCCCCCCCCCCCCCCGCCCCCCCUGGAAUGUGUUGGCUGGUGUGGGAUUCUGAGGAGAGUGUAGCUAUUUUGAUGGUAUACAAGCUGCACAGAGCACCAGGAGAUAUCCUGCUGCAGCUGAAGUUCACACAUCUGAUAGUCCUUGGGAACUUCAGUGUCCAUACAGACACAGCCACACAACCAGCAGUGGGCGUUUUGGCUUCCAUGGCAGCCUUUGGGGUCUCCAAGUUAGUUGGGAGUUUCAGGCUGGAUGGUCAUCAACAUGAGGAUGACACCCAGCUCUACUUGUUAAUGGAUGGUCAGCUCAAAUCUGCAUUGGUGGACCUGGCUGGAAGGCAGCGCAAGGAUCACUCCAGUACCCUGAGUCCUGGCCAACGACCAUUCAUGGCCCCUGCCCCGAAGCAGCCGCCGCCACCACCCCCUGGGGUUCCCCACAUCAUGCCGUGGCCUGCGCCGUCUCUGCCGCCCGGGCUCGCCCGCCUGCUUCCUCAAGGCCUGCACUCAGGCCUCCCGCCCCGGAGCAGCAGCAGCCGCCGCCAACCUCCACCUGGGAAUCCCUCACAACAUGCCGCUGGCGCCGCCUCUGCCGGCCGGGCCGGCCCGACCACUUCCUCGGGGUUGCCGUCCUGCCCGGGGUUCUCGGACUGCCGCUGCCCGAGGGCCGCGCAGCAGGAGGGCAACCCCAAGGAAGUGGUCGGGCCGGGCCGGCCGGUAGAGGCGGUGCCGGGAUUUCCAGGCAGAGGUUGGCGGCGGCUGCUGCUGCUCCGGGUCGGGAGGCCUGAGUGCAGGCCUUGA